UGCCCUGAGCCCCCUCACCUAUUGGAAAAGGUGCUGUGGGGCUGCGCAAGCGGAGCCCCCUGCCAGCUCAUGGGGAGUGGGCCGCCCCCCUGGCCAGAGCCAUGGACCUCCGCUUGGCCGUCUACAACGCCGCCCGCGAAGGCAAGCUGAAGCUGCUGCAGAAGCUGCUGGGAACCCGGAGCCGAGAGGAGCUGGAGGAGCUGACGGCCGGCCCCGGCGGCGGAGAAGGGUCCGGGGGCACGCCGCUGCUGAUCGCCUCGCGCCACGGCCACCGCGAGGUGGUCGAGUACCUCCUGGACCACUGCGGCGCCCGGGUGGAGGCGGGCGGCUCGGUCAGCUUUGACGGCGAGACCAUCGAGGGAGCCCCUCCGCUUUGGGCCGCGUCGGCCGCCGGCCACCUGGACGUGGCUCGCAGCCUGCUGGAGCGGGGGGCCAACGUCAACCAGACCACGCUCACCAACUCGACGCCGCUGCGGGCGGCCUGCUUCGAUGGGCACCUGGAGAUCGUGCGCUACCUGGUGGGCGAGAGGGGGGCCGACCUGGAGGUGGCCAACCGCCACGGCCACACCUGCCUGAUGAUCUCGUGCUACAAGGGCCACACGGAGAUCGCCCGCUACCUCCUGCAAAGGGGGGCGGACGUCAACCGCCGCAGCGUCAAGGGGAACACGGCCCUGCACGACUGCGCCGAGUCCGGGAGCCUGGAGAUCCUGCGGCUGCUGCUGGCCUCCGGGGCGAGGAUGGAGAAGGAUGGGUACGGCAUGACCCCACUGCUGGCCGCCAGCGUGACUGGCCACACCAAUAUCGUUGAAUACUUUAUAGAGGGAGCGUUGGAGGAGGAGAAGGCUGCCAUAGGGGUGCACGACGGCAGCCAGGCCAAAGACCGUGAUGGGUGUUCUGCUGCCGCUGACGGCCGUCCCCAAGUUUACUGCACGCGGGAGGCAGCUGUGGAAGCACUGGAGCUCCUGGGAGCCACCUUUGUGGACAAGAAGCGCGACCUGCUGGGGGCCUACAAGCACUGGCGGAGGGCGAUGGGCCUUCGCCACCAGGGCGGGCAGUACCUGGCCAAACCGGAGCCUCGCCAGUUGGUGCUGGCCUAUGACUACUCGCGGGAGGUGAGCACAGCGGAGGAGCUGGAGACCUUGGUGAUCGACCCGGACGAAAUGCGGAUGCAAGCCCUUUUGAUCCGCGAGCGCGUCCUCGGCCCCUCGCACCCAGACACCUCCUACUACAUCCGCUACCGGGGGGCCGUCUACGCCGACUCGGGGAACUUCGAGCGCUGCAUCAACUUGUGGAAGUAUGCGCUGGAGAUGCAGCAAGUCAACCUGGAGCCGCUGAGCCCCAUGACAGCCAGCAGCUUCCUCUCCUUCGCCGAGCUUUUCUCCUAUGUGCUGCAGGACCGCUCGAAGGGCACCCUGGCCACGCAGCUGGGCUUCCCCGACCUCAUGGGCGUGCUGAGCAAAGGGGUGCGCGAGGUCGAGCGGGCGCUUCUGCACCGCAAGGACCCGGUGGCGGACUGCGCCCAGUUCACCAAAGCCCUGGCCAUCAUUCUGCACCUGGUCUUCCUUCUGGAGAAGGUGGAGUGCGCCCCCGAACAGGAGCACCAGAAGCGGCAGACCAUCUACCGCCUCCUGAAGUGCAACCCGCGGGGCAAGAACGGCUUCACGCCGCUGCACAUGGCGGUCGACAAGGACACCACCUCCGUCGGCCGCUACCCAGUGGGGAAGUUCCCCUCCCUCCACGUGGUCAACCUCCUCCUGGAGUGCGGGGCCGACCCCGACGGCCGCGACUACGACAACAACACCCCUCUGCACGUGGCCGCGCGCAACAACUGCCCGCUCAUCAUGAGCGCCCUCAUAGAGGCCGGGGCGCACAUGGACGCCACCAACGCCUUCAAGCAGACGGCCUACGAGCUCCUGGACGAGAAGCUGCUCACCAAAGCCAUGAUGCAACCCUUCAACUACAUCACGUUGCAGUGCCUUGCCGCCCGCGCCCUCGACAAGCACAAGAUCCCCUACAAAGGAUUCAUCCCCGAAGAGCUGGAGGCCUUCAUCGAGCUCCACUGAGGAGGGGGUGUGCGGCAUCGCGAGCCCCCUCCCGCAGGGGCUGGGGCUGGGACUCGGCCCGCCUCCGCUCGGGUUUGGAUUUUAAAAUGCUUCCAUUUGCACACUGGGCCGGGUCGACCUCCCUUCUCUCUCUCUCCGGGACUUGAGCGAGAAAGGGAACCUGUGGAAAUUGAGAGCUGCUCUCGCCAGGCCACAUUGGUGU